AUGGCGAACUCCUACACCCUCCUUGCUGACUUGAAAGCCGGGCGAUGCUCCAACACCGCAGAGCUGCGUUUGCUGAGGUUUUGGGAGGCCAGGAAUGUCAAGAAAGGAGGUGAACUGAUGAGCGUUGACAUGCUGCUCCUUGAUGAGAAGUCGACCCUUAUACAAGGAUCCAUUGGUUCCAUCCGUCAACUCAGAUUCAGGAACCGUCUCAGUGAAGGAUCUGUUUAUGCUUUGAGCGGUUUUGAUGUCUCCCGCAGCAACCCCAACUUCCGCUUGUCUGAUGAGCCUCUCUCCAUAAGGUUCAAUGAUGGAACCUCUUUUGAUAAGCUACCAGAGUCUGUUAGGCCCAUACCUACUGAGCUGUUCCGAUUCCGUUCAUACAAUCGGUUGCUUGAACUGGCAAACACAGGCAAACAGCUCCCUGACAUACUUGGGGAGUUAACUGCAAUCAGGAGUACAAUCACUGAUCGCAUACCUGGUGCACAGCGUGUGAUGCUCACUCUGCGUCUACAAAGUGGUGAGAGCGUUUGUGUCAGUUUGUUUGACUAUAUGGCGCUUGCGUUUCAUACCAAAUUUGGUAGCUACGGGAAAAAGCCAAGAAUUGUGCUUGCCACAGGCGUAAAUCCUAAGAUAGUAGGGGGUCGGUUAUUCCUAAAUGCUACAUCCGCCACCCAUCUCUACUUCGACUCUGAGACAAAUGCAGGAAAAUAA